ACUAUUAAUAUAUACCAUACCUGCGUUACAAAACAUGAAUCAAAUCUCAUUGACUAUAAUUCAUGUGACUGGAAUAUCUUGCUGUCAAAGUUUAUACGUACUACAGAGAAAAUAGGAAUGAUGAAUAGAAUAUUUAAGAAGUCUCGAUCAGUCUCGCCGUCAUUUGAAAUACCGAAAAUAUGUUUACCUCGGCAAUCUGAGUGCAUUGAUGAUGGAUAUGACCUUGAAGUCGGUAAACUUUUGAAAGUGCCGAAUGAAUCUAGAGGACGUUCAUCAAGCUUUGAUUCAAGCUCUCUGCGCCAGGAUUCCUUUACGAAGGAAUUACUUAAUGUUCCGACUAAGCAGGGUCGUAGAUGUCACUCCUUUGAUUCGGCAUGCACUCUUCAGAUGAGCCCUGCAACCUCGGAUGAGAGUAUAUCAGAAACAUCUCCGAGUAACUGGAGUCUGAAAGUACCGCAGUAUAAAGGCAGACGAUCCUCUUUGGAUAUUCCUAAACUAUGCAUUCACUGUAUGCAUUUGGAAGCUAAGGCUCAAGAGUGUGUUGAAAGAGAAAAAGCGUUAAAGAUUUAUCAGCCUGCAAUUGGUGACGAAGAUAGUGAUGGAUAUUCAUUCACAUCUAGUACAAGUUACACAUCAACCACGCAAGACUCACUUUCGGACCCAUCAGGAUUUUAUUAUCUUACUGACUCGGAGGACGAAGGUAACGAGUCUGAUUGUGAGGAUAGCUUCGAUUCACCGGACUGUAAAAUCGCUCAUACGACCACACCAUGUGAAAGUUUUCCGACUGUGUUCGACAGUAAUAAUAGCAGUAUUAGUCCCGAGAAAAGAAGCAUUCUUGACUUUCUAAAUGGACAUAACUUGCCGCACAUAGACAGUAAAGAUGAGGAAGACCUGGAUGAUUUAGUUGAUGAACUUUCAGAUGACGAAGAUGAGAAUGAAGAUGAUGAGGACUAUAUUAAUGUAGUGACAUUGACUGUACCAAAUAUAAAACAACAGCGGUCCUCCUCAAUGGAUGCAUGUUUUAUGAAAGAUUUAAAAAAGCCCGCGGGACCAAAACAGGUACAAAGACAAAAAUCGUUUGACAAUGGCGAUAUGUUAGAUGUUCCGAUCCAAAUACGAUCAAGUUCAGUGGAUGUUAAUUUACCAACAGAGCAAGAAUCAUGUUACAUUGCAAUUCCACAUUCUGAUUCAAGGAAAGCCAUAUCAAAGAAUGCCUUGAACCAUUCGACAUAUCUUCAUCCCCAUUACAGUGGUGGUAGCGGAGACAGUCAUCCGUCACGUCGACAAAUCAAUUCCGCUGUCGACUGGACAGAGCAUGCAGUUAACAGUGAGCAUAUUUGGCUAGACACAAAUGCCUCGGGAGACUUCUGUUAUGCCAUGGAACAGGACUGCAUUAAAACUGGUCCACGGAAGAAGUGCAUGGCGUGUAAGAUUGUCUCUCACAUAGGGUGUAUUCCAAUUUUAGAAGUUAAAAAUCUCCGAUGCAAACCAACAUUCCGAGAAGCAGGUGUCAGAAAUUACCGCGAGCUUGUACCUCAACAGAUGUGUAAUCAACAGUUGAUGCGACACCACUGGGUUCAUAGACGAAGGCAAGAUGGGAAGUGUAAGCAGUGUGGAAAGUCAUUCCAACAACGAUUUACGUUCCAGAGCAAGAAACUUAAAGCCAUAAGCCCUUGCCACUAAUGCAAAAAUUUAUUUCACAAUCAAGCUAACUGUUAUUUAAUUUGCCAUAUUGUUGAAUGUAUGACUGGAGGGGAACAUCGGGAAAACUUACCCCCAUCUUGGAUUAAAAAUUUCCCAAAAAAGGGAUCUUUUAAGUCUUCUUUACGUAAGAAAAGUAGAAAAUCUUCAUUAAAACGUAAGAAAGGAAGUAGUAAAGAGAUGGGUGAAGUUCAACGACCUUUUAUUAUUAAACCGAUUCCUUCUCCAUUGCUCAAACCUCUCCUCGUGUUCAUUAACCCAAAAUCGGGCGGCAACCAAGGGGGGAAACUCCUGCAUAAAUUUUGUUGGUUGUUGAAUCCGAGACAAGUGUUUGAUCUUAGUAAUGGUGGACCAAAGAUGGGGCUGGACCUCUACAAAAAAGUGCCUAAUUUGCGAGUGUUGGUGUGUGGUGGGGACGGCACAGCGGGCUGGAUCCUGAGUGCCAUAGAUACAUUAAACCUACCAAGCCCACCACCUGUAGCCAUAUUGCCACUCGGCACUGGCAAUGAUUUGGCUCGAACCCUUAACUGGGGUGGGGGAUAUACAGAUGAACCUAUUAGUAAGGUAUUAUGCAAUGUUGAAGAUGGUCAAGUGGUACAACUUGACAGAUGGAAUGUCACUGUAACUGACAACAAACAUGCAGAUCCCGAACCUAUAGAAGAGGAGGUCAAGGCCAAAUUACCUCUUGACGUCUUCAACAACUACUUUAGUUUAGGUGCCGAUGCACAUGUUGCCCUGGAGUUCCAUGAAUCUCGAGAGGCAAAUCCAGAAAAAUUCAACAGUAGAUUCCGGAAUAAAAUGUUUUAUGCAGGGGCUGGUGGACGUGAUAUGUUAAAAAGAAGUUGGAGAGGAUUCUCUGAACAAAUAAAACUUGUCUGUGAUGGUGUUGAUUUAACACAGAAGAUUGUGGAUAUGAAACUUCAUUCUCUCUUAUUUCUCAACAUUCCAAGAUAUGCAAGUGGUACAGUGCCGUGGGGCAAUCCAAAUGCAUCAGGGUUUGAGCCCCAGAAACAUGAUGAUGGUUAUCUUGAAGUUAUUGGUUUUACAUACUCAUCUUUGGCAACUUUACAAAUAGGAGGUCAUGGUGAGAGAUUGGUACAAUGUAGGGAGGUAAAACUGACCACAACAAAACCUAUACCAAUGCAGCUUGAUGGCGAACCUUGCCGUCUAGCGCCCUCUGUGAUACGAAUCAGUCUUCGUAACCAGGUCAACAUGAUAAUGAAACCAAAGAGGCGGGGCUCUGUGCCUAUCACCAAUGAUCCUGAUUUUGCUUUUUUCAGUCCACCCUCGGUACCUGAGCGGCUACGAAUACAGGUCAGCCGCAUCGCAAUGCGGGACUACGAGUUGUUGAAUUACGAUAAAGAUAGGCUACGGGCAGCUUCUGUCCCGGUGGGAAUCAUCGUCGUGGACAACAACGCCAACCUGGAGGAGGUUCGAACUCACAUCAACAGACUUCAUGAGGACCAGAUGACGACAAUAGAGUCACCAGAUUCCUCCAUAUCUUCACUUUCAUCUAAAUGGUGCUUUCUAGACUCAACAACUGCAGAAAGAUUUUUCCGAAUUGACCGAUCUCAGGAAAAUUUACACUACAUUACGGACAUAUCAUCAGAGGACCUUUAUAUUCUUGACCCCGAUAUGACCUCCAAAGGUCGUAACAACAACAACUUAGAGACAUUAGUAGACAAGAAUACAUCGGUUGUGAAGGAAAACAAUUUCACGUCUUCAAAAGAUAGCGAGCUUGUUUUCACAUUUUCAAUGCCAGUGACACCUCCAAAAUCACCAAGAGUACAGAUCUUAGAUGCCAGGAGGAAUGGUGUAGCAUUAUUUGAGCAAUCUCUUACAAGGCCGGAGAGCACAGAAAACCUGUUAUCACCACCAAACCAACCUGGUUCAAAUAACAGCUCAGAACCAGGGUCACCAAAUGCUCCCAUUGCAGCCCCUGUUAGACCAUUUCAUUUUACAACAACUGGAGAAAAGCCAAAACCCCUUACACCAGCAGACAAAAUGAUGAUUGAUGCAUCAAAGCGUGGUGAUUUACGGAAGCUUGCGGAGCUUCACGAGCAUGGUGCUGACCUUCUGUGCACAGAUCAAUACGGCAUGACGGCGUUACAUCAUGCGGCAAGAUUUGGUCACAAAGAAAUUGUUAAAUACCUUGUAAAAAAUGCCCCUCCUGUGAUAUUAGAUAUGGUGGACUAUGAAAAAGGCCAGACAGCAUUACAUAAGGCUGCGUGGUACCAGCGCAGGACUAUAUGUUGUGUACUGGUAGAGGCUCGAGCCUGUCUGACCAGGAAAGACAACCAAGGUAACACGCCAAGAAUGCAGGCAUUGAGAGCGGACGACAGGGAACUGGCAGCUUAUCUAGAAAGUCAGGAACACUUCCAGAUGGUCGUUUCAGAAGAUCAAGAAACCGCGGUGUGACACAUUCCCCCCUCAGAGUCUACCAGACAUCUGAUUCUCAGAAAAACAAGCUCACAGAAUUUUAAAAUACAGACUGUUGUUCAAAGUAACAAAUUGUUAGCAGAUUAUUUUGUGCUGUUGACUUUUUUUUUAAAAGAUUUUUUUUUUGUUAUUUUCAAGAUUUUUUUUUUAUUGCGAUGUAAAGUGCUGUUUCUAGUUGAUGACAAUGAUCGUUUGUUUUAGACCAUCAGUUUUGAGGUUUAAGUGUACAUGUUAUUUUGAAUGUGUUGUUGUCAUGACAAAGUCCCAGUUUUUAGCACUAAGAGCAAAAAAGUUCUAUGUUGUUUUGUUCUGCUAUGAAGUUCUCGAGUUAUUUCAAGAAAGGUUAUGGGUUUUUAGCAUUAAUAUCUUUUUGUUAAAUUGUGGUAUUUAAUUCUUUAUCACAUUGGAAAUAUGUUUUAUUGUACCCUAUUUAGUACUCCUUACAGGAAUCAUGUCCCCGUCAGUUAGACAGUAUCACGGUAAUCAAAACAUGUGCUGAUUUGCAUACGAAACGAACUGUAGCACCACUUACAAACAUGAAAGAGUGACCAUAAAAUUAUUUCCUGAUUAUUUACUUAACUGAUUGAUAUAGUAUGUGUUUUUAAAGUCGAUACCAGUAAAAGACAUAUUCAGUAAAAUAUGAUAAACAAGAUCAAUAAGGAAAGGCGGCGUUCAAUGAUCGCAAAAAAACGAUCCAGCAACAAGUAAAUUAAUAAAGUCCUUUUCAUUCGUACUAAUUUAUGGAAAUAUUGAGUUCUGUGGUACUCAAAGGGCCCCUGAGCACCACAUUUCUUAAUUGAAAACUAAGUUUGUAAAAGUGAGAAACUAAAGGCAUGUAAUAGUUGUUCCUGAUGGUAGUCUCAAAAGCAGGCUAAAUGUUCAAAAGUUUUGAGGAAAAGGAAAAGUCAAGAAAACGGUUGUUUGUGCAGUAUUGAAAAAUGUAUUAUUUUUGGUAAAUGCAAAUGUGUUUGAAAAUGAAAUGAAAGAUAAAGGUGGUUUGAACACAAAAUUGUUACGUUGAAAAGCUUGAGAAUAGGACAAAGUUUUUUUUUAAGUUAUCCCGGCCACUUUCUCUGAGACAUAAUGUCAUAAAAUUAUUUUUAUACCUUUUAAGCAUAUGACAUAAAUUUUGAAUUACAAAAUGGGCAAUGGAGAUUUAUUUGAUGGCCUUUAGGCAAAGUAUAACUCAAAAUAAAGGGAAGUCAUUAUUUAUGCAUGGUAUUGCAGAAUUUAUUGGAAUUUUCAUGGAAGCAUCGACAAGUUUGUAACAUUUUUUUUAUUAUUGAAGAAUAGGUGUGUGCAUUAUUAAUGAAAGCUUUGAAGAUUAUCAUGUGCCAGCUUUUAAAUUUCAAUUUAAACAAUUUGAAAAUAGCCAGCCAGGGAACAAUGCUUUAGGGUGUUCGAUUUAACUUGACAAAUUGCGGAAUGAAGUUUGCAAUAAAAUUUUGUUUUAUGCUUUGUGUAGUUUAAUUAUUACGUGCAUUGUAAUUCAAAAGGAUUGCAUUUUUAGGCAACAAAGAAUUAACAGAAUGAAUUCAUAUUUUGGAUGAGCUGUGUUUUGCAAUAAUGCAUUUUAAUAUUGCUUUGAAAUUUAAUGGUUAGCAUAAAUUAAACACUACCCCAUAGAAAAAAAAUGACCUGUUGAUGGAAAGCUAGAUUUUUUGUAUGAUAAAAUCAACUAAUUUCAUUAAAAUUUACAUGGUCAAAUUAAAACAGUUUGCAAGGUCAAAUUAAAACAAUUUAUAAGGUCAAAUUAAAACAAUUUACCAAGUCAUAUUACAAUUGAUAUAGCUAUAUACAUAACUGUAUCAAUACCCUUUAAAUUACUUAAGUCAAAUCGGUGUUUAAGCCCACUUCUGAAUAAAGACCACCCCAUAAAUAAAGACCAUUCUUUGAAAAACCUUCAUCAGAGUUAUCUCUGAAUUAAGACCACUUGUCUAUAAAAGCCAUGUAUGGUGUCCUUUAUUCACAGGUUCAUCUGUAACUGUUCAACUUUCAUAUUUGAAAUGGUCUGUUAUUACUUUUAGGGAUAUGACAAUUUGGAUGUUUUUAAAGCUUUGUGUGACUACAAAAAUGUACUGGCUGGCCAGGCGGUAUCCUGGUAGCAAAAGGUUUAAACCCGUAACCUGCUGAAUUUCUAAAAUGGACUUAAUCAGAAUUGUCCAUUAUCAAGUUUGGGGAUACUCAGAUGAGAAUUUAAAGUUAAUCACCAAACAGUAUAGAGCCUGGUCAGAUUGCACGGAUGUGCAUGCUGGCCUGGCUCUAUACUGGUGGCAAAGGCCAAUUAGUUUCAGCAGUGGGUAACGGCAUGUAACAUAAUAUUCAUUAAACAUUUUUUUUUUUACUAAUGUCUCCAUGUUUAUUUCAUUGUUUUUACCAUUAGAAUCACAGAGGUGUGUUUGAAAUUGGAAGAACCAAUGGAAGUCAAGCUUUUGUAUAUCAUGUGACUGUUGUUUCCCAGUGUUCCUUGUUUUAUAUAUAUAUAUAUAUAUGUUACGAUAAUACUGUUCAACACCAGUAUGCAAUCUUAUUGUUCUUUUUUUAAUGGAUGUAUUAUUUUUAAUGCUCGGAGGAGCGCUAUGUUUCAAAAUGUGUACUAAUUAAUUGACCUAUAUUCAUACAUAUCAAUGUGAUUGUUUACCGUUCAUCGAAUAAAAUGCUUGAAUUAAAUGCUUGAUGCAUUAUCUCAUUCAACCUUAUAGGUAUGAUAUAAAUAUAAUAUUGUAUUUUAUAUUAUUGCAUUUUAUAGGUUUUUUUUCUUUUUCAUUGUUUUUUUGUGUUUUUUUUUCUUA